CGCCGAGCUCCUCCGCGUCCGUUGGCCCCCUCUCCGCACUCGCGCGAGGCACGGACGCUACGCUGCAGCGCCCUCGCUAGCGUGCCUUAGCUGGGACCCUCAGAGGGGCAGGCGACAGCGCAGCACGGGCCCAGUGUCGCAGCAGAUCUCCUGUCUUUGUGCGCCGCGUCCGGCAGGCGGCCGCUCUCACCCGCUCUCACCCCGCCUCUCACCCCGGCCGCUGCCACGUAUAAAGCCCCCUGCUGCUGCAGCACCCCGCUCUGCGCCCAACCCCAUCAUCCUCCUACAUCUGCCCUCCAUCAUGGGCCUCACUACGCAGUACGAAAAGGACCGCAAGGCCGCCUACAACGGCCCCACGUACGCCGGGCGCAGCGGCGUGGCGCUCAACCGGCUGCUCGGCAUCGCCGCCGGCUCGGGCUUCCUGCUCUUCGGCUACGACCAGGGCGUCAUGGGCGGCCUGCUCUCGCUGCCCGCCUUCGUCUCGCAGUUCCCCGAGAUCGACACGACGAGCCGCGAGGCGCAGCUGCGCGGCGCCACGUCGUCCGAGUCGACGCUGCAGGGCCUCACCAUCGGUCUGUACGAGAUUGGCUGCCUGAUCGGCGCGCUUUCUUGCCUCUGGCUCGGCGACAUGCUCGGCCGCCGGAAGAUCAUCUGGAUCGGCACUGUUUGGAUGGCCAUCGGCGCGAUUAUCCAGACGGCCUCGUCCGGCCCCAACGCCAUUGUUGUACUGAUCAUGGGCCGCAUCAUCGGCGGUGUCGGCAACGGUAUGCACACGGCUACCAUCCCCAUGUACGCGAGCGAGACGUCUCCGCCGCACAAGCGCGGCGCUCUCAUCAUGAUCGAGGGUCUGCUUAUCACGGGCGGCAUCUUCAUGGCCUACGUGCUCGACCUCGCCUUCUUCUUCCUCGACCCCAACGCCGAAGGCGGCAACUCGAACGCCAACCCGGCCACCGCCAGUGCCUCUUGGCGCGUGCCCAUUGCCUUCCAGCUCGUGCUCUGCAUUCCGACGCUGCUGGUCAUUUGGAUGCCCGAGAGCCCGCGUUGGCUCAUGCUCAAGGGCAACGAGACCGAAGCGCGCAAUGUCAUCGCCGCGCUCGACGAGAUCCCCGUCGACGACCCGGAGGUCGACCUCAAGAUCAAGGAAAUGCGCGAGUCGCUCGAGAUCUCCAAGGACGUCGGCGUCAAGGACCUCUUCCGCCAGGGACCCGAGCGGAACUUCCACCGUUCGGCCCUUGGCGUUACGAUUCAGAUGUUCCAGCAAAUCGGGGGUAUAAACCUCAUUACGUACUACGCAGCCUUCAUCUUCGAGAACAACAUUGGCAUGUCACCUCUCGUGUCGCGGAUUGUCGCGCUAGCGAAUGGCUGCGAGUACUUCUUGGCCUCGUUCAUUGCCGUCUUCAUCAUCGAGAAGUACGGCCGGCGCAACCUGAUGCUGUACACCGCCGCAGCCAUGUCGAUCUGCAUGGCCCUCCUUACUGUCACCACUCAUCCCAACGUGACGAGGCCCCGUCUCGCAGACCCCAACGACCCGCUGAGCGUGGAGGCGACGAACACUGCGCCGGGCUAUGUGGCCGCUGUUCUGCUCUUCCUCUUCAACACCUUCUUCGCCAUCGGAUGGCUCGGCAUGACGUGGCUGUACCCUGCCGAGAUCACUCCUUUGCGGAUUCGUGCUGCAGCCAACGGGUGUGCAACUAUGAGCAACUGGGCAUUCAACUUCCUUGUUGUGCUCAUUACGCCGAUCGCCUUCGACUCGAUCGGCUCGUGGACUUACACCAUCUUCGCGGCCACGAACGCCCUGAUCUGCAUCACCACGUACUUCAUCUUCCCCGAAACGGCAGGCCGCAGUCUCGAGGAGAUGGACGCCAUCUUCGCCAAGAGCAGCUACCUCAACCCGUACGACGUCGUCUGCAAGGAGCGCGAGACGCCGCGCCGCUACGACAAGGCCGGCCGCCCCAUCGCUCUCGACGCCAUCCUCGCCGAGGAGGGCAAGGAGGAGAAGCGCAGCGACACGGCGCACCACACGCGCGAUGCCACCGACUCGCCCUAGAGCGCGUCUCGCGCAUCUGUGUGCCGCUCCGCUGUGCUGCGCGCUCGUGCAAGCCUCGUCUGUACGACGCCGCUGCAGCCUCCGAGCCUCCCGUUCCUGCGUCUUUCUCGAUACCUCCGUGCUGCCCCCAUCCGUCCCGUUGCGCCCUGUCCCGCCUGCGAUGCGCGCGUUACACUUCACGUCUAGACUCGGC